CGCGGCCCGGGCCUAGCGGCGCGGCGGCCGCCUCCAUUCCUCCCUCCCUCUCGCCCUCCCUCCCUCUCGCCCGCGCGGGGCCGCGGAGCGGAGCGGGCCCCGGGGCGCGGCUGCCAUUUUGUCGCGGGCGGCCGGGCUGACCCCAUUGUGCUGUCGCCCGCAGGUGGAUGCCCGCCGCCCGGCAUGGAGCAGGCCUGCGAAGUGAGCCGCCGCAGCUGCCUCGUCCCGUUCGGCACCUCGCUGCCGGCCGCCGAGCACAAGGGCGGUCCGUUCGGCGAGCCCCGCGGCCCCGAGCCGCCCGCCAUGCAGCUGGCGGCCGCCAAGCCCGGCUUCGGGCAGGACCCGUCCUCCUGCUACAUCCCGCUGCGCCGGCUGCAGGACCUGGCCUCCAUGAUCAGCGCCGAGUACCUCGGCGGCCCCGCCGACGGCGCUGAGGCCCUGCCCGACCCCGGCUCGCCGCCCCCCCGCGCCCCCGCGCCGCAGGAGCCGCCGGGCGGAGCCGGCCCGCAGCCCGCCGCGCUGGGCUUCCCGCUGCUGCUGCGGGACGGAGGGGACGAGGACGAGGAGGAGGAGGAAGAGGAGGAGGAAGAGGAGGAGGGCAACGAGACGCCGGAGGAGGAGGAGGAGGAGGACGACGACGACGAGGAGGACGACGACGACGACGACGACGAGGAGCCCGAGCGGAGCCGCGGGGCCGGCAGCCCGGAGCCGCCGCGCCUGCAGCCGGCGGAGCUGCCCGGGUCGGACGGCGGCCCCGGGGAGAGCGCGGAGCCCUCCGGCAGCGCCGCGCUGCAGCUCAUCCGAGCCAAGAAGAAACCUACUCCAGUGAAGUAUGAAGUUGGGGAUCUUGUUUGGGCCAAGUUCAACAGACGCCCGUGGUGGCCAUGCACAAUUUGUCAUGACCCAGUGCUGGACUGUCACUCAAAAAUGAAAGUUUCCAAUCGGAGGCCAUACCGAGAGUACUACGUGGAUGCCUUAGGAGAGCCUUCAGAGAAAGCCUGGGUUGCUGGAAAAGCUAUCGUUCUGUUUGAAGGAAGACAUCAGUUUGAAGAGCUGCCUGUUCUUCGGAGAAGAGGAAAGCAAAAGGAAAAAGGCUACAAACAUAAGGUUCCCCAGAGGUUUAUGGCUAAAUGGGAAGUCAGUGUUGGACAGGCAGAAGACAUGCUUCUCGGGGGGCCAGAGGAUCAAAAGUGCAGCCAGAACUCCAGCGAGCUGGACAGCGAGAAGGAAGUGCAGUCAGAAUACUAUUCCAAUGGCCCUGGAGCCAAAAAGGACAGGCAGCUGAACGGCUGUUUUAAAUCCUUGGCAUUUGACUCCAAACACUCAGCCAAUGAAAAAGGAAAAUCGCACAUUAAGCCACACGUGAAAAAGAGCUCAGAGAGCAGAAAAAGGACUAGAGUAAAAAAGAGUGGCAUGAGAGAAGAAGCUUCCAAGGGAGAAAUCAAAGAAGAAACACCAGAGAGCAUAGUUAACAAUAUGAUUGUCGGGGACCUACCAGAGAAACAUGCAUCUCAUGAACUUCGCCGGAUUGCAAAGAGCAUAACAGCAUCCAACAGCACCAGGGAAAACCAUUUGCUCUCCUCCUUUGGAGAAAGACGUUUUGAAAAUAUAACUUUAAAGUCGGACUAUGGGAGUCAUAAAAGUGAUGCCCUGAAGAACACACUCCAAGGGGAUUUGUUUUCCAACUCAUCUUUGGAGAGAGAGAAAAGCUCCCUGGGCAUUCUGUGCAGUUCCAAGUUACAAAUACACUAUUCUGCAUCUGAGGCUGGUGCUGAGAAAAAGCAAACUGAAUCGGAUUCAUCCUCUUCCCUCUCAGAUGGUGGGAACAGUGAUGUAGAUACCAUGGACCAAAGUUCAGAGAGAGCCUCUAGCACUCUUGAAGUUAGUGAUUCUUCAGAUAAAAUGGAGAAGGAAUUUCCUAUGACAUCAAGUGGAAACAUUAAGCUUUCCAUGUAUUUUUCCCAGAAAAGCAGCAGAAGGACCAGGAAGAAGUCGUACAGAGAUCGCAAACCUCUGGGAGGUUCGGUAACCAGCAGACUCGAUGCUGAAUUUGCACACAGGGAACUUGAAGGAGGCUCCUCUGAUGCUGAGAUGUCAUUGACAGCUCUUGAGUGCUCUUCAGAUGUGAGAAAUGACAAUCUUUCCCUAGCAAACAAGCACGCUACUCCCCAAAGUGUUUCCAAGGACGGCUCCUGGUCUGCUGUUGCAAAUCAAACAACCUUAAAACUGAAAAACAUGAAAUUGCCUCGGAUCAGGAGUAUAAAAUGCAAACAUAAAGAAAAGGUUGCUGGGUUGGAGCCUUCUCUUGCAGAAGAGGAGGGUGGCCUGAAUCACUGUUCUUCUGAUACCAAAGGUUUCUCUGGCCUUCAGAGAGAUUCUCUUCCGAGAAGCGGAAAAGUUGAUGGUCAGAAACUGUUAAACAACGUGCAUGAGAAACCCAGGGAUUCUGCUGAAAUAGAAACAGCUGUGGUGAAACACGUCUUGUCGGAGUUGAAGGAGCUCUCUUAUCGAUCCAUGAACGAUGAUGUCAGUGACUCUGGCACUCCAAAGGCCACAGUACCCUUACUUUUCUCUUCCGCCUCUGGUCACGGUCGUUUGCCUAUUGAGCCAAAUUACAGAUUCAGCACCUUGUUAAUGAUGUUGAAGGAUAUUCAUGACAGUAAGGCGAAAGAGCAGCAACUGAUGACUGGUCAGAACAUAGUCCCGUACCGAAACACCAGCACAGCAGAUGGUUCUGGAGGCAAUUCUGCGAGCGGCCUGACAUCCCUGUCUAUUGUAGGUCCCCCGUUUAAAAUAGAAAAGAAUGGAGAUUGUGCCCAGGAAACAGUCAGUCCGAACUCCUCCAGUGUAAACAACUCCUCUUUUUCACGCAAUCCUCCGACCAAGUUACCGGGGAUUGGUACUAGUAAAAGGGAGCCCGCGAAUGCCGCUGUUUCUGGGACAAAUGGCACAAAUUGCGUGCCCAAACGCAACUGUUCAAAAUCUAAGCAGUCAUCAAAGCUUGGAGAUAAAACAGUUUCAAACAGAAAGGACUUAAAACCAGGAGGGCCAAGUAAGUUGUUAAGUCGAUUAUCCAGAGAUUCAGGAGAACAUGCAUUCCGCGUGCACGGUUCGGUUCCCAGUCCUCUAGGUAAUGAAGCAGAAGAUACUGGGAGGAAAGAGUCUGUUGAUUUAACAGAACAUUCAACUGAUGAAGACUCUGCUUGUUUAUCUGAUGACAAUUUAGGUCGUAUUGGAAGGAGACCCGAAGCUGGUAGAAAUACUGAGAGAUGCACUUCUGCUGAAAAUGGGGAGAGUCCAGACUUGGAUUCAGAGGCAAAUAGUGAGAGCUCUCUUGGUGAUGAGGCUAAUGAUGUAAAUCACGUAGCACCUAAAAAGCGAUGGCAGCGUUUUAACCAAAGCAGUGCUAGAUCUAAUAAGCACAUCAGUAGAUCUAGGGAAAAAGGAAACUUGGAGAGUGCCUUUGGCCUGAAUUCUCAUGGCUUUUCACUGAAGGGAAAUGAGUGCUUGGGACGUAGGCAUUCCCCUCAUUCAAAGGUGCUUGAGGCAGACCUAACAGUUCAGGACUAUGAGAAUCACUUAGACUUAGUUGAGAAACGUUUGAAUGUAUGUGGUAAGCCAAACAACAGUGUGAUGGACUCAGAAACAAAGCUUGGCAACUUUGCUCCCCAGUCUGAAUUCUCUGCACAAGUACAUUCAGAGAGGAAACGCCUUAGAAAGCCAAGUAAACGGCUUCUGGAAUAUGCAGAAGAAUACGAUCACUUAUUUGCACCCAAGAAAAAGUCAAGGAAAAGCCAGGACCAAUUGCAAAAGGUGAAUUCUGUUGCAAGGUCUGGAUUUGAAGGAGGUCUUCCUGCACAGCGCAGUCCUGACAGAGAGAUGCAGCGGGGGCCCAGUCCUUUGGUUUCAACUCCAUUUUCAACCAAAGAGUCCCCUCCCAUCCUUGAAGCUGAGUGCUCCUUCUCAGAAUUACAGCCCCGUGCCUCUGAUCCCAGUGAGCAGCUCGUAGAAGGACAGUCCGAUUUCCCAGAGCUUGUGCUGUCUUCCUCCGAUGUUUCUGAAGUUUCUGCUUCUCCAGAUGCAGAGGAGAGAUUCCUGAAAUCAGGAAACUUUGAGAGCAAGCGUCAAAGGAAGCCCACUAAAAAGCUCUUGGAAUCCAAUGAUUUGGACACUGCCUUUAUGCCAAAGAAGGAGGAGUGGACUCCCCCAAAGAAGGGCACUGGCCCUUCGGAGAGCGACAGCUCGGAGCUGUACUCACCAGCCCACUUCCCAGACCUGGGUGAAGCUUCUGAAAAGCUCUUGGAGAAGCAGCGCAAACGGAAGAGACCGCGCCAUUCCUCUGCUGCAAUACAUUCCAAGAAGGAGAAAAAUGGGGAGAGGCUGGGGGUGACCCCACGCUCUGAGGGGGAGGCAUUGGUUCAUGGGACUUCUACAAGCCCCAAAGGGGGACAUGAAGAGGGGUCUGAGAAUGACCACGGAGUGCCUUCAUCCAAAAAGAUCCAGGGGGAGCGUGGAGGAGGAGCAGCUCUCAAGGAGAACGUGUGUCAGAUCUGCGAGAAGCCAGGGGAAUUGCUGCUGUGCGAAGCUCAGUGCUGUGGUGCUUUCCACCUGCAGUGCCUUGGGCUCUCUGAGAUGCCAACAGGCAAAUUCAUCUGCAAUGAGUGUUCCACAGGAGUCCAUACCUGCUUUGUGUGCAAGAGCUGCGGGCAAGAUGUAAAACGGUGCUUGCUGCCCCUUUGUGGGAAAUAUUACCAUGAAGAGUGCAUACAGAAAUAUCCUCCCACGGUCACUCAGAACAAGGGCUUCCGAUGCUCUCUGCACAUAUGCAUGACUUGUCAUGCUGCUAACCCAACAAACAUCUCUGCAUCUAAAGGUCGCUUGAUGCGCUGCGUGCGGUGUCCGGUCGCAUACCAUUCCAAUGACUUCUGCCUCGCUGCUGGGUCUGUGGUCCUUGCCUCCAACAGUAUCAUCUGUCCCAAUCACUUCACUGCACGGAGGGGCUGCCGCAACCAUGAGCACGUCAAUGUCAGCUGGUGCUUUGUCUGCUCGGAAGGGGGCAGCCUUUUAUGCUGCGAGUCGUGCCCGGCUGCAUUUCACCGUGAGUGUUUAAACAUCGAGAUGCCAGAGGGAAGCUGGUAUUGUAAUGAUUGCAAGGCAGGCAAAAAGCCACACUACAAGGAAGUCGUCUGGGUGAAAGUUGGGCGCUACAGGUGGUGGCCAGCUGAGAUCUGCCAUCCCAGGACAAUUCCUGUCAACAUCCAGAAAAUGAAACAUGACAUCGGCGAGUUCCCUGUGCUGUUCUUUGGCUCCAAAGAUUACCUGUGGACCCACCAGGCCCGUGUGUUCCCAUACAUGGAAGGUGAUGUCAGCAGCAAAGACAAGAUGGGGAAGGGCGUAGAUGGCAUAUACAAGAAAGCUCUUCACGAAGCUGCAGUAAGGUUUGAAGAACUGAAGGCACAGAAGGAACUGAGACAGCUUCAGGAAGACAAAAAGAAUGACAAGAAACCUCCCCCCUACAAACACAUCAAGGUGAACCGGCCGGUGGGCAAGGUGCAGAUCUUCACUGCAGAUCUGUCUGAGAUACCACGUUGUAACUGUAAGCCAACAGAUGAAAACCCAUGUGGUCUGGACUCCGAAUGCAUCAAUCGUAUGUUGCUCUAUGAGUGCCACCCCCUGGUCUGCCCGGCAGGAGAGCGCUGUCAGAACCAGUGCUUCUCCAAGCGGCAGUAUCCCGAGGUACAGAUCUUCCGCACGCUGGCACGAGGCUGGGGCUUACAGGCCAAAACAGACAUCAGAAAGGGUGAAUUUGUUAAUGAGUAUGUUGGGGAGCUAAUUGAUGAAGAGGAGUGCCGAGCCCGAAUCCGUUACGCCCAGGAGCAUGAUAUCACCAAUUUCUACAUGUUGACACUGGAUAAGGAUCGAAUCAUUGAUGCUGGUCCGAAGGGCAAUUACGCUCGGUUCAUGAACCAUUGCUGCCAGCCCAACUGUGAGACUCAGAAAUGGUGUGUGAACGGUGAUACGCGGGUUGGGCUCUUCGCAAUUGUAAAUAUCAAAGCUGGGACUGAGCUGACUUUCAACUACAAUCUGGAGUGUUUGGGAAAUGGAAAGACAGUUUGCAAAUGUGGUGCUCCAAAUUGCAGUGGCUUCCUAGGAGUGCGGCCAAAGAGCCAGCCCACCCUCAGUGAGGAGAAGUCCAAGAAGCUGAAGAGAAGGCCGCAGAUGAAGCGCAGGUCGCAGGCGGAGGUGAUGAAGGAGAGGGAGGAUGAGUGUUUCAGCUGCGGGGACGGAGGGCAGCUGGUUUCCUGCAAGAAGGCAGGCUGCCCCAAGGUGUACCAUGCUGACUGCCUCAACCUGACCAAGAGGCCCGCAGGAAAAUGGGAGUGCCCAUGGCAUCAGUGUGAUAUGUGUGGUAAGGAAGCAGCUUCCUUCUGUGAGAUGUGCCCCAGAUCCUUCUGCAAGCAGCACCGGGAAGGCAUGCUCUUCAUCUCUAAGCUGGACGGACGUUUAAGCUGCACAGAGCACGAUCCCUGCGGGCCUAACCCUCUAGAGCCAGGAGAAAUCCGUGAGUAUGUCCCUCCCAUGGGAGCACUGACUAACGGCGACGACACCCAGCCUCCAGAGCAGCCGCCUGCAGAUACAGACCCGAGUAUUCAGCCUUUGGACAGGCUGCCUCAGUCUGUGGCCUUCAAACUGCAGUCACCAGAAAAGCCCCCUGCAACACUAGCGCUGAGGCUGCCACCGUCAGAAAAACCCCCCACCACCUUAGCCCUGAGGGUGCAGCCCUCAAACAAGCCCCCCACCACCCUGGCCCUGAGACUGCCUCCACCAGACAAACCGCCUGCUGCCCUGGCACUGAGAUUGCCACCGUCAAAUAAACCCCCCACUACCUUAUCACUGAGGCUGAAGCCAUCCAACAAACCCCCCACCACCCUGUCGCUCCGGCUGCAGCCUUCGGACAAACCUCCCACUACGCUGUCACUCCGCCUGCAGCCAUCAGACAGGCCCCAGGCUGCCCUGUCCCUGAGGCUGCAGCCGGAGAAGCAGCCCAUCAUUUUAGCGCUGAAGCCUGAGCAGCCUGACAAACCUCCCACCAACGCGGUGCUGUGGCCGCUGGAUGAGUCUUCUGGCGAUGCCUCGGAGCCUCAUCUGCAGAGCAAAUCUCCUCCAGGAACUCCGCAUUCAUUGGAUGGGUCGCUGGUUCCUGCUGGUGCCCUGCUCCAGCUGUCAGAUGAACCUCCGGCCAUCGCUGAAGUUCUGGAGUUAUCGGACAAGUCUCUCAUUGACGCCGAGACCCAGGAGAUAGAGCUGCUGGAUGAGUUUCCAGCAAAAUGCCUGCAUCCGCAGCUGUCAGACAGACUUCUCGCCACGGCAGGGACCCUGCAGUCCCAGCCAGUGGAUGAGCCUCCUGUGGCCGAGCAGCCUCAGCUGCUGAGCAAAGCUUCUGCCCAGAGUCCGCAGCCUCAGCCCGUGGAAAAGUCUCCCAGCUCUGCAAUGCCGCACAUCCCAGCAUCAGAGGAGAUUCUCAGCCCUGAUGUUGAGGUGCUGUGGCCUCUGCCCAUUGAAAACGUCCCUGGCUCCCCGGUGUCACGAAUCCUGCCCAUGGAGAAGGCUCCUGGAUUAGGUGUGUUACGACUCCCACCUCCAGAGAAAGCUUCCUUCUCUGGGGCAGUGCGAGUCUCGGCCGUGGAGAAGGCUCCCAGCUCUGGGGCACUCCAUGCCUUCGCUCCAGAGAAGGCUCCUGCCUCAGGGAUGCCACGGAUCCUGCCCACAGACAAGGCUUCCAGCUUAGGGGUGUCGUGGCCACUGCCUCUGGAGAAGGCCCACGGCUCCCGGGCACCGCACAUGCUGCCCACAGACAAGGCUCUGGGCUCGGGGGCUCUGCGGAUCCCACUCAUGCAGAAGGUUCUCAGCCCUGGGGUGUUGCGGCCCCUGCCUCUGGAGAAGGCUGCCGAUUCUGGGGCCCUGCGGCCCCUGCCUCUGGAGAAGGCGCUUGGCUCUGGGGUGGCCCGGCCUCAGCUCUUGGAGAGGCCCCCGUCUCUUACAGCCACGUGGCCUCAGGCAUCAGACAAGCUGGCCGCUGCUGUGGCUCCUCGGCCUCAAGUUUUGGACAAACCCCCGGCUGCCUCAGCUCCGAGGCUGCUGCUGUCUGAGAAGGCGCUGCGGCCCGUUGACCAGAACGCCCAGCCCAAGGAGAGGGGAGCCCCUGCUGCAGAGCUGAGCCCCCAGCAGAAGGAGAGGACCAUGUUAGCUGGCGAGCAGAUCUCUUGGUCUGCUGGAAAGGCUGUGACGCAUGUUGGACAGGUACCUUGGCCCACAGAGAAACUACAGACACACGAGCAAACCCACUGGCCCACUGCAAAAGCCCUGACACCUGCAGAGCAGUCUCCCCGGACAGCAGAGAAGCUACCAGAGCCGACACUUCAGCCUAGCUGGGAAGUGGCCUCGGUCCCCACAGAGCAAACCCCUUGGACAUCAGAGAGACUGCGCGUGUUUGAGCAGACUCCACGGCCUGCCAGGGAAGCACCAGUACCCCAGGAGCAGACACAGUGGAUUGUCACAAACAUUCAGACAAUUGAGCAGAUCUCUUGGCUGUCUGGAAAAGUACAUAUUCCUCGGGGGCAGGACCCUUUGCCUGAACAAAACACAGCGCUAGCUCAUAACCAGGAUUCUGUCUGUCAUGAAUUGGCCGACUCAGAGCCAAAGUGAGGUUGGUGAACGUGGGAGGCAGGUUCCAGUCUUUUAAUGUUUAGGGAGGGGGAAAUUCUUUGUUUCGUUUUUUUAAUCACUUCCCUGAGCCCAGCCCCUAACCCAUGCACAUCCUAUCCGUAUUCUCUCGUGACAUGAGCAAGGACAUUCACUUAAGUCUGAGUGUGGCCCAGCCAAAGGGAGAGAGCAUCCGUGACCUUUUCCUCUUCCUUAUGCAAAUGGUAAAGCUGAAAUAAAGAGUCCACUCUGGGUAAAAUCUCAAAUUCCACUGAAAUGGUCACGUUACUGAUCCAGCGUGUUCAAGCUCCAGGUCCAAUUCAUAGGCAGGUUUCCCAGAACAGCGAGGAGCCUCGCUCUUGUUGCUUAGAGGAAGCAGCUCAGUGAGGCUGCCCUGGGGCCGGAGAUGCCGCAGGGAUCGGUGAGCAGUGACAUGUACUCUUGCCAGACUCUGUAGAAGCAGGGACGAGGUUUAUCUGUUGUCUGCCCUGCAGGGUUUUGCUGUGUGAGGUUUGUCCGUGUGUUCACUGGGCUGUGCCACGUGCGCGGUUCACUGAAGGACAAGCAUUGUCUCCAGCUGAGUUAGGAGAGGAGCCUGCUGCACCUGGUCAGUGCAGUGUUUUCCAGCAAUAUGCAAUAUCCACGUAGGCUCCUUUACACAACUGCCCAGGUCCAAGAAACAGGGAAUCUGAAGGAAGUUAGAGAGAAGAGAGAUCUUGGAAGAAGCCAUCUGGCAGUUUUUUCCUUCUUGUGUCUUAAUCCCUUAGCACAGGACAUGCAGUGUUUCCUGUACUUGGCAAACAUCACGACCUAUAAAGCAGCAAUAGCAGUCAGGCAGAGCGAAUUCCCUCCCGGUGCUGUGCAUGGCCUGCACAGGGUGCCGCUGCUCCCUGUGAAAUUUCCAUCCGCUCUCUUCUCAACUGGUCACCAUGAGCCAGCAGAUUUCACAGUCUUCUCUCCCCUGGCCUCAGAUGUGUUCAGGAGGUGUUUGCAUCACACCAGGUCUUCCAGCAGCACGAUGCGCUGCGGAGCUGCGAGCGAAGCCUGUGUUGUUUGCUCUGCAGCACAGAGGCGAAGGGGCCGUGUCUGUACCGGGAUCCACCUCAACACCUUCCCCUGGGUGACUUCUGGCUUAACUCGCCUACAACCAAAGGAGACUUGAAUUAACUGGAUUGUGUUGGUGUGCGUGUGUGUAUGUGUGCGCGUGUGUCCUUCUGACCCAAUCGUAGUUCUCACACUGGAACACAGUGGGCUCUAGCAGCUGGCUGGCUUGCUUUUUAACUCUUCUUCCUUUUCCAGUUGAGGAGCUGUUUUGUCACCUGGUGGGUGCCCAGACUAGGCCUGCUGUGAAAACAGCUUUUCAAGCAUUAAGGCAGCAGAGUGCUCGGCCGUGUACAGGAGCGUGCCAGUGCACUCCGGAGCAGUGUGUGGUGGGCAGUGCCCCGGGCACGGCGGGGCUCAGCUGCCUGCUGAGGGAGCCUUGCUGACCCUGUGUGCCCUCCUGCUCUCACAUCCCCUGACCUCUGGUAUGCCUGAGCUCUGCUGGUCAGGUAGCACCGCCGCUCCAGUGGAUCCUUCUUGUUGGGGCAGGUCUGCAGGGCGCUGAGGAAGGGGAGGCUUCUGCUCUGGGCUGACCCUUUCCUGCUGACGUGGAAGCAGGUCCUUGGUCACUCUUGGUGUGCAGGUGCUUGCUGCUCCCAAAGCAUGCGGUCACAAGCUUUGCAGUUUUCCUUGAGGGGAGGCAGACACUUGUACUGAGACCAAUCCUGACCCGGUCUCCUUUGCUGAUGUGUGCACCCCAUAGCAAUGCCCUGCUGCAAGGCCAGGGUGCCUGGCAGAGCGGGACGUUACCAGUGAGUGGUGCAUCUCUUCUCUAGUCCGAAUCAUUUCAGAUCCUUUAUAGAAUAGCUAGCAACUUCAGAAAGCUUUAUGGCUUAUGGAAACUUAAUGUUUAAUGAUGUUUUUUUCCGGGAAGACUGGCAGGUCAAUUCCUGCUUGCUGCUGAAACGGGAAAUGCAAGCAGCUCGUGUUUCUGCACGACUCCUGCACAAAGGGAAUCAGGACAACUCCUCAGAGCCAUUGAGAGAGAAGAUAAUCUAAGGGCAUUUAACUUUUCUAAACAAAAUAAAAAAAUGGUCAUGAGGACAAGUAUAUUAAGUAUUUAUCAUGUGUGAGAAGGAAAAUAAACCUUGAAUUCGCAUUUAUAGGCCUUCCCAUGAGCUGGACGUAGUCAUGUAGAUUGUGUAAGUAGGGUUACCUCCGUGCCAGCCGCCCCGCAGCUCCAGCUGUAACCAUGCAGGUAUCUGCGCUGCUCUGUCCGACUCCGCUUUGCUUUGUCACGUGUUAACUAGUUAUUUGUUUCAUGAAAAAUAAACUGUGAAUAUUUUUGGUGCAGGCUUUUUUAAAUCUGUAAAAUGGAGGAGUUCUCGAUGAAUUCUCACAAGCGCAGGUUUGAAAAGAAUCACUUCUGUGAAUCGUGUGCUCCAAUACUAGGGUGAGGUCCACGGCAGCAGAACCUUUCCCACAGCGAGCAGUUACCUACAAGCUUGUUUUCAGCAAUGAAUGCAGACUGAACUGUUGCAUGGCAUUUCAAAACCACGGCCUUACUCCUUGCAGCAGACUGUACCCUGCCUCUCCUCUUCUCUCCCUUAAUGCCUUUUCCAUGAAGAUCCAAGCUCCCACCUUGCUCCCUUCCAUCUACAUCGGAAUAUUGACUUCAGUGAGCUGCCCUUCCCUCCCAGCCCAGAUGGGUGAUGCGUCAGAUCAGAAGUGCUUCUCAGACAUCCACAGGGCUCUGUAUGUUCGUGCUUCUGGGAGUGACUGUGCUGAGUCACCCCAUAAAAUAUCCUGACCAAGCAUGGGGAAAGCUCCCCUGCUGUUCCCAGCCUGCCCUCACCUGGAGGUGGUAGGAGGAGGUGGUUGGUAGGAGGAGGUGCCUCUCACUGGUGGUGGCAGCAGCUGGUAGCACAGCUUUGGAGGUGUGUACUGAAGCAGCUGGGUUCAUUUCCUGCAGCUCUUUGCUGCCUUGCAAGGCUUAGCCAAUUUGAAUCAUGGGGUUUGGUUAAUGUAGAGGAAGGUAACAGACAACACUAGCCCUGGUUGGCUGCUUGUGCAGGAGGAAUGGCUGAAAGGCUGCUCCAGCCUCCCAUGAUGCUGCAGGUAGAGGUUGGCCAGCUUUACUGCAGCGUGGCAGCUCCUGUGCUGUCACAACAGCACUUUUUUUACUGAGAGAUCUGAUAACCGGGUCAAUCCGGGGCAGCUGCUACUUCUGUGUUCCAGGGAUGCUCAUGGAGCUCCCAUGGCAGCGCACUUGUAGGUUUGGCCUCACUUCCCGUUGCACAAGGGGCUGGAAUCUUUGGCAGCCAUGCUUGUGCUUUGCCUGUGUGCUUGCUGGUGGGCUGGGCUGCCCCUGCUCCAAGCAGCGCAUUGGGGGCAGCUGCUGUGGCCUCAGUCUCACAGCAUGGCCCCAUUCAGUGCCCCGCAGUGGGCACCUGGGCGGGUGGAGGAGCUCGUGUUGGCAGGAUCCGCCUGCUGCGAGGUGCUGGAGGCAGUGACCAACCUCCUGCUGCACUCAGUCCUUGUGCUCCAGGUUGUGGGGCUGUGCUGUCUGCCAGGGCUCUGCUGAAGCUGGUGGGAAAGCGAUGCCAUAAUGGGUCACCCCACACCAUCCUCCAAUGCCUGCUAGCUCACGGUAGCUUUCCUUGUUGCUGUUCUCAGCUUAAACCUUUUGCUCUUUACAAAACAAAACAAAACCAGAACGACUUCCGUGCACAAACCAUCCAGCUCGUACUGUGGGUGCAUUAACCCCCCCAGGCACAGCUUCAUGGGUGUGCCCAUUGAAUGUGGGAGAUGAGACGUGUGAUUAAAGUUUCAGAACAGUCCUUUAUGGAGGUGAGGAUAUGCAGGUUAGGGUGCUGGAAGAGCUGCAGCCGUGUUUCAUGGGGGAAAAGAAUAAAAAAGCAGACCUAAAUGUGAUGCCUCGUCAGCUGCUUUAACCCGAGCACGCUGUGGUGUGAGCUGCUUGUGCUCAUAGUGUUACAGCAGGGUGCAGGUGUGUUGGUGUGAGCAACCUCAGACCUUCAACGCUUUGUUUAUUUUUAAUUUCAGCCUUAACUUGAUUUUGCUUGGUGUUUGGAAUAACCGUAAUUGUAACCUGCUUGUAAUGUGCUUUGCCCUCAAUUACCGAUGAGUCUUUUCAGCCUUUGCCAGCGAGUGAAUGUUCAAGCAAAGUGGCAAAACGUGCAGCUGCUCUGAAAGGAAGCGAUGGAGGCAGCCGCCCGCGUCCGGCGAGCGCUUGUGCUGUGGUUGGGCCACCAAGGCUCUGUGCUGAUCAUUCCUGCAGCAGCGAUGCCAACGGGGGCCGCCGGGGGCGGUGGUUUUGGGGCCGCCCCUCAGGCAGCUCGCGGGGGGAAGUUUCUCCAACAGCGAUCCCAUCCGAGCCAAGGGCAGUGGGAUGGCGUGCGCCUGGGCUGGGGAAGUGGCAGUGAUGGACAGUCCCUACAGCACUGAAUCUACCUCCUAGGGAAAUCUGAGAAAUGGGUGUUGCUAUGUCCUAUUUCAAGGUAAAGUUUUAAUCAGUUUGCCCUUGGUUAAGCUCUUGGGCUAUCGUGGUGCUAUUGUAAAUCGUUCGGCAGCUUAGCACAGUAGGGCUGAACUCACGGCUCCCAGCCCGUGGGCCGGAGGGCUGUCGCUGGGGCUGGGCUUUGGUGUGCGCGACCGAAACAGGACAAGGCACGUCUCCUGUGCUGGGGGAGAGCACGUUCCUCCCAUUUGUGGUGGCUCUGAGACUCGCAGCAGUGAGCCCCGUGAGCGCAGGGAGCGAGUGGAGCCACGUGAAGCAGCCAGGCGUCCGCUAACUGCAUGUUCUGUGUGUCUGUUUGGUACUGAGCUGGUUUCAGUUUUUGUUUUUCUGAUGUUUCCGAGUUGUUGACUUCAAGGAACUGGGUUUUUUGUUGUUUUUUUUCUUUUUUUUUUUUGGUUAUUUUUUUUAAGACACUGGGAACUUCUGAGAAGGAGAAGCAGCAGCAGCACCGGGGAGCUCAAGGGGAAGCUGGGCUGGAGCUGGGGGUGGCUCUGGCCAGUCGGGGGGGUGAGAGUGGCUGUGUCAGAUAUUGUGUCGGGUUCCGAGCAUCCUCUGUCAUUAGGUGGUGCACCCGGAGAGUGUGGCCCCAACCCAGCUCCGAGGGGAUAUCCCUGGGCAUGCAGAAGCAAGGGAAGGGAUGCCCUUGCUACCUGUCCCCCUCCCUUGCUGUCAAGGAGGGUACAAGGGGACAUGGUGGGCUCAAGGCCGGGCUCUGCUGCCUGUGGGGUGCUGAUGGUGAGGUCUGUGGCCCUCAGGCCCCGCUGAAGGGAGCAAUGGCUGCAGUGGGGGUGCCCAUCUAGGGGGCUUUGGGGUCGCGUGGUCACACUGAGCUGUCUGGGUCUCAUGUGUCAGUUCUAAGCGGGAGUGCCAGAGCGGGUGAGAGAAACCUACAUAUUUCCAGCAUGUAUAUUAUUUUUAGAAGAGGGAGAGGGGAGAGUCUUGGACCAUUGAUUACUUUCAUUUUGCUCCCCUUAGACUGUUGGCUGUGUAUGUGAAACUUAUAAUGAAAAGAGGGUUGCCCUGCCCAGGUGCUCCCAGAACAUGUACUGUAAUUCUUUGUAUAUAGAAGAAAAAUUACUGUAAAGUAAAGUUUAACUUUACUCUC